CAGGUUUUCAACAGUUUUUCUGCCCCAUUCUUCUUAACCUAAAUAAAUAAAGAAGAAUAAAAAACUGUCUCGACAGAUAUAAUAAACACACAUAUGUGAACAGGCCAUUUAUAUAUAUAACUAUAAUAAUAAUGGAGAUCAAAGCUGCUGCUUGUAUUUUAGUCCUAAUAAGCAUUGCUUUGCUCUCCUCCAGAGUGGAAUGUAUCCCUCGACGUGGCCUUACUGAGACGGUUUAUGAUAUUACUAACUAUGGGGCUAAACCUAAUGGUCAAGCAGAUAGCGCGAUGGCAAUGAUCCGAGCAUGGAACGCGGCAUGCAAAUCGACAGAGGCGGCGAGGGUAGUGAUUCCCAAGGGAACAUUCAAAGCCGGAGAGGUGAUUUUCCAAGGGCCGUGCACCGCCCCAAGCCCCAUCGUCAUUGAAAUCCAGGGCACGGUUGAGGCUAGCACCGACUUGAGUGACUUCUCUUCCAACUACUGGUUCGAGGUUGAACACGUUCAAGGAGUUGAAGUCACCGGCGGCGGAACCCUCAACGGUCGUGGUGAGGAGGUCUGGCGAUUUGCCGAUUCAGGCGAAAAAAUUAAGAACGCCCCUCUUCUUCCCGUGUCUUUGAUCUUCCAAGGUGUGAACAAUUCAGCCCUUCACGAUCUGAACUUUGUGAACAGCAAAGGGUUCCACAUAAAGGUGUCCGACUGCUCAGAGAUCAGCGUCUCGAAUCUGCAGAUAACAGCGCCUGGAUACAGCCCAAACACCGACGGCAUCCACAUCAGUGGCUCUACCAACGUCAACGUCACCGAGCUCACAAUCGGAACCGGCGAUGAUUGUGUUUCCAUAGGCGAUGGCAACACCAAUCUUCUCGUUACGAAGGUCACUUGUGGUCCUGGACAUGGCCUCAGUGUUGGAAGCCUGGGAAAGAGGCCGGAUGAAGAUAGCGUGAACGGAGUAACGGUGAGAAACUGCACUUUGAUUGGGACGACAAAUGGCGCGAGAAUCAAGACUUACCGCGCUUCCCCAAAGCUGGAGGCUACCGGUAUCACCUUCGAGGAUAUCAUCAUGCAAAAUGUCUCUAAUCCCGUCAUUAUCGAUCAAGACUACAGCUCCAAAGACCGAAUUGAGCCAUCGAACGUGAAGCUGAGUGACGUCCAUUUUCGGAACAUAAGAGGGACGGCGGCGAUAAAGAACCCGGCGAUCGCGCUGACGUGCAGCCAAGCGUUUCCUUGUGAAGGCGUGGAGUUGGAGGACAUUGACAUUGCGCCGGUGGAAGGCGCCGGCGGCGAUCUCAAGCCCAGCUCCUGCCUCAACGCCAAAACAGUUUUGAAGGGGAAACAAAACCCAGCUGCCUGCUAGCUAAGCUAGCUCAUUCAUCAAUACUCCAGCUACGCUAUGCAUGCCAGCUAGCUAGCUCACCGCACUGCCAAUUUACUAUACGUACCAACCAACGUUGUAUAUAUACACACAUGCAUAUACAUACAUACA